ACCAUCAUCGCGAAAUAAUCAUCAACAAAACCAGACCAGUAUAUACCAAAAUCGACCAUCAGCAGCAAUACAAAUCCCUAUGAGUAAUGUAGAACCUCAACAACAACAAGAGGCAGCAAAUUCUGUUCUGUUACAAUAUCAACUAACAAACGCUUUUCUCUAUACAAUCAUAAAUCAUCAUUUAAAAGAACAAGCGACACUGGCUGCCUCACAGAUGCAAUUAGCUGCAGCACAAGCACAAUGUAAUCUAUCAGCGAUGCUAGCUAAUAUUUUUUAUCAACAACAAACCGGUAUGGCAGCGGCAAACAUCGCAAAUUAUCCAUCGACAAGUACAACAAGUACAAAAUUUAACAAUCGCCCGCUAACAAAAUUUCAUCCUUCAAUUACUGUACAACAAUAUAUUCGCAAUUUACAACAAAAUUCACUGACGGCAUCUAGAACAACAAAACAUGCUUAUAAUCUAACCAUUAACAAUACAUCAUCGACUAGUGCUAUUAAAUAUACAUCAUCUCAACAACAGUCAUCAAUAACUGGCAUCGAUUCUAAAAAUAGAUUCGGUCAGACACCAUCUGUGUUACUUACUUAUACCCAACAAACGGAAAUUGAACGUGGCAUAUCGUUAGAUGAAGCGAUUAAUCAACAACAAAUCAAAGAAAGUUCAACAACUGUCCAAAAACAACAGCUUGAUGAAAUAACAACCACCACUGUGCUACCCAUAGAUGACAUCAAUAAUAAUUUUGUUCAACAACACGAAACAUUUUGUACAACAUUAUUACAAUGUGACUAA